AGUGGAAAACCUGUUAUGAGACACAACUUGAACAGAAUGAUCAACUAGAAAAGCAAGUUGUUAGUCUCAGAGAGAAAAUGGAAAAAAUUCCGUGGAAAUCCUUCACAUAGACUAUCUUCUAUUCAUGUCUAUGAGCGGAUGCCAGUGGAAUCCUUAAGUACAUUACUUAAACAGCUAGCAAAAGAAAAAAGGAGCCUUGAAAAUCAAGUGAAAGACUAUGUACUUAGACUGGAACGAGAAUCAAAGGCUUACCACAAGAUCAAUGAUGAACGUCGUAUAUACCUAGCUAAAAUGUCUCAGGUCUCUGGCUCACACCAAGUUUCUAAAAGACAACCAAUGAAUCAACUGCAUAGAAUGAAAGAGAAUCCAGUGAAAACAGAAAGAUAUAAUCCAGCUAAUCAGAAAAUGGUAAAUGCCAAGAGAGGACCAGCAAAAAAGAUUACAAGAUCAAAUCAUCUUCCAAAACUCAAUCCAUAA